AUGUAUAAAUUUAACUUCAUCAGACGUAUAAGAGAAGGAUUAAAUUGUUAUAACAUAGUAAAUUUUCAAGUUAAAAAUUGUUCUACAAUGAAUUAUCAAUAUAUUUAUAUUAUUUUUAUGAUUGGUAUAAUGUUUUGUUUAAUAAAGGGGCAUAAAGAAAUACUUUUUGAUUUUACAACUGUAGAAAAUGUAGAUAAUUGGAAAGAAAUAUCUGACACUGUAAGAACAGUAGGAAAGUCAAAAGCUGUAUUAGUAUUGCAAACAACACAAAUUUUUCAAUAUGCUGUAUUCUUUACUCUUUUGAAUCCACAACUAAAUGGUGCAGGUUUUGCAGGAAUACGUACAAUUACUAAUUUAAAUUUAUCUAAUUUUAAAAAUGUUGAAAUCAAUUGUCGAGGACAAGGCAGCAAUAUUUACUAUAAAGUUGUUCUUAGACACAAAGGUCUUCAUUCAAAUAAAGAUAUAACAUAUGAACAAUUUUUCACGGCACCAAUGUCAAAUAUUGAUUUUUCAACUGUGAUAUUGCCUUUGAAAAAUUUUAAACCAUAUUAUCAUGGACGAGAAGUACCUGAUGUAGAACCAUUAGACACUGCAAAUAUUACAAUGUUUGGUUUACAAAUGUAUGGUGGAGUUUAUUUACCAAUUAAACAAAAAGGUGUAUCAGCAUUAGAAUUAAUAAAUAUAUCAGCAUCAUAAUUACUGUAUGAUAUGAACAAUAUAAAUAAUAUAAGAAAUUAAAUUAUUUCAAUAAUUUUAUUAAUUAUUUUUCUUGACUUUGUCAAUUGUUAUUUUAAUUUAUAUUUUAAAUACCAAUUUGUAAAGGAAA